AGGGGGUCAAUCUUUCAACGGGCAGAGUGACCGGGCUCAAGAGUCAUGACUAUCAUGUAUGGAUUGAGCGGAUUAUGCCGGUGAUGGUUCGGGGCUAUGUUCCCGAGCGUGUCUGGCGUGUGCUUGCGGAGUUAAGCCAUUUCUUCCACACGCUUUGUGCUAAAGAAGUAUGUCCUGAGAAGAUAAAAGAAAUGCAUAAGAAGGCGCCGGAGUUGAUAUGCAAGCUAGAGAAGAUCUUCCCGCCAGGCUUCUUUACUCCGAUGACACAUCUCCUUUUGCACCUCCCGAACGAGGUAUUGUUGGGGGGCCCUGUGCAGAAUCGUUGGCAGUACGGCCCUGAGAGACAGAACAAGCAUCUGAGACAGAAAUGUGGAAACAAAGCUAAGAUUGAAGCUUCCAUAGCUGAGGCAGUUAUCCUAGAGGAGGUGGCAGACCUCAGGACAACCUACUAUCCGGACCAUGUUCCCACGUUGCACAAUAAGGUGUCUCGAUACAAUACAGAAGAACCCAAGUAUAAACCCAAGUUGCCUCUAUUCAUCGGGCAAGGUGGUAGGGCUGGAUGCUCGAAACCUUAUCUCAUGCCACGAGAUGAGUGGGAGGAUGUCAUGUUCUAUAUCUUGCACAACAUCAAGGAAGUUGAGGAUGAGUGGAUGAGUCGAUUCGUUGAAGAAGAAUGGACGGGAAUGCUGCCUCCUACUGAAGCGGAGGCACUUGCUCUUCUCCGAAAGGGUGCUGAUGGAAGGAAAAAUUUCGUUGCGUGGUUCAUGGAGAAAGUAAUUUUUCACACUUUCAAUUAAACUCAUGCACCCUAUAAUUUCAAUUAAACUCAUGCACCCUAUAAUUUCAAUUAAA